AUGGCGAUCGCCCACGUCGCCACAGAGUACGUGUUCUCCGACUUUCUGCUAAAGGACCCCACGGAGAAGAAGUACAAAGGGGUGCGUCUGGAACUGGCCGUGGACAAAAUAGUCACGAUCCUGGCGGUGGGGCUGCCUUUGUUUCUCAUCUCGCUCGCUUUCGCCCAGGAGGUCUCAGUAGGCACCCAGAUCAGCUGCUUCGCUCCCACUACUUUCACCAUGAGACAGGCUGCAUAUGUGGACUCUUUCUGUUGGGCAGCAGUGCAGCAACAGACUGACAGUUCACCAAUGUGGCUACACAAGUUCUUUCCGUACAUCCUGCUCUCACUGGCCAUCCUUCUGUACAUCCCGGCCUUGUUGUGGAGAUUUACAGCAGCUCCGCACAUCUCCUCUGACCUCAGCUUCAUCAUGGAGGAGCUGGACCGCUUCUAUAAUCGCGCCAUCAGACUGGCCAAGAACCUGGCUUCCUUAGAUAGCAGUGAUUCACAUGAGGACACUCAGAGUGCUCUGGACCUGGCUGAGGGCUGCUUUAAAUACCCUUUAGUGGAACAGUAUCUGAAGACUAAGCGCUUCAGUCACAGCCUCUUGGUCAAGUACCUGGCGUGCAGGGUUCUCACACUGCUCAUCCUCCUGCUGGCCUGCCUCUACCUCGGCUACUACAUUCUGCUGGCUUCCCUCACCGAUGAGUUUCCGUGUGACCUGAGGACAGGCGUGCUGAAGAACGACAGCCACGUGCCACCUGCUAUUCAGUGUAAGCUUGUAGCAGUGGGCGUCUUCAGGCUGCUCAGCUACAUCAACCUGGGAGUGUACAUGCUCCUCGCUCCAUUGGUGGUGUUCGCUGCUCUCAGACCAGCACGGCAGAGCUCCACCUUCCUCCGACCUUAUGAGAUGCUGCCUGGAUUUGGUGCUUUGAGUGUGGUCACGCCCAUCUACAACGACCUCAGUAUCUAUCUGCUGUUCUUGCGGGAGAACCUGAGCGAACUCAAGUCAUACAAGUGUCUGCAGGUACUUGAGUUGUUACAAGAGGCUGGUGAUGAGGGGUUUGACACCAUGUGCCUGCUGCGAACUCUGGGUCAGGUGAAAACUGAUGUGUUAGACAGCAAGAAGUCGUGCUCACGCGACGACUGCAACAAAAUGAAAAAGGCUGAAGAAUAAUCACUCUGAGAUCACACUGCCUUGCUUCUGAAUGACUGACCUGAUGAGGAUAAGUCCUGCUGUAAAGGGAAAGACGAAUCAGGACCAAACCCUGUGCACUUAUUUUUACCUGCACUGCUCUUAGUAUUUUGACCUACAGCAGUGUAAUCUAAAUGAAAAAUACAGGUAGCCUGUAUUCAUUCACACAGUCUGUGGUUUGAUCAAUUGACAAUUUACCUCUCAGGUGUCUUAUUUUUCAUAUAUCUGUUGCUGACUGCAGGUUUUGUAUUAUUUUUUAAAGGAAAUUCCUGUAAUAUUCGAUUUUUCUAUCCCAGUUUUCUCAGGAUCAUAAUUGCCUUCCAAUCAAAGCAAGCCAUGUUCUUAGGACUGAAAGCUGUGUAUUAAAUUAAAUUUCCCAGUCCAAGAACCUACAUCCUGCCCUUUAUGAGAAAAUGGGGGAAGUUUUGAACACUUUUUUUUUUUUAAACAUGUAUUCACAGUUUAGGUCUUAAAAUGAUGCAGUGUCCAUCCAAAGUAAACUUAAAAUUAACAUGAUUGUAAAGCAUGUGCGUAUUGUAUAAUAUGUAUAGUUACUAACAGCAGCAUACUGUAUGCAGUGUAUGAGCAUGUUGUCCAAAACUAUUGGGCUAACAGCAACUUUUCAUUUUACAUAAAAGAUGAAUGAAUAUUCUUUGAGGUAAUAAAAUGUUCAUAUCAUCAUUGUCAGAGGGCUUUCAGGCUUUCACUGGCCGUUAUACAAUAAAAGAAUGUUGUUGUAAGUUA